AUUGUCAUGUAAUGGUUAAGGACAAUGUACAUUGUGUGCAGACUGCAAGCAGGGACAGUAAUAUUAGAUAUGACAGCAUAGCAACUAAAAGGGAGAGCCAGGAGGUAAGGACUCUUCUAGUAAGGACUCUUGCUGCUGCAUUCUUGACUAACUAAAGCUUGUUUAUGCAACACUGGAACAUCCAGACAGUAAAGCAUUAUUCACAUGGGUUUUCAUACAACUUCAAAUUACCUUUAAAAAUUGCUGCUACAAAAAUUACCAUGCAAUUGUUGGUGUUAAGAAUUAAAAAUGAGGAAGUUACCCAUCAGCUAUGUAGGAGGACAUUUAUGCAUUCCAAACUGGGUCAUGUAAUUUCAGGGAAAUCUGCCUCACCUUUUUAAAAACACUGCAGCAUUCCAGGUUUCACAAUCUAACCAGCUAACACAAGAAACAAUCAGCAGCCAACUGAGAACAAGAGACAGCACAAGUCAGAACUGCGUCCUUACACAGACAUUAACUGGAAUGAACCAAGAAGCAACAAAAUGGCAAACAGCACCGAAACACAAACAGAUGUCCAUUCUCAGGCAGAAUCAAACUUAGUUGAGGAGCUGUUGUGUAGACUUGGCCUUGGGAAUAAAUAUGAAGACAAACUUACCAGCGGAUACUUUCUUGAAAUAUCUAAAAUCACAGUACAAGAGCCUAGUAGAGAGAAUGAACUGGUUCAUGCUUUCAUGCAACGUCUGCUCACUGGAGAUUACACAGCAAGACACAUCUCUGUCACAAAUAAGCCUCCACCAAAAAAGUCCAUAUCAAGAAAAGGUAGUUUUGCUGAUUUUAAAAAUUUUAAAAAAUGUACUGUAAAUACCAAAAGAACACAGACCCAGAUUAACCCAAUGGAUGUUCAGAUGGCAGUGUUCCUUUGUGCAGAUGAUUUUCUUAGACAAAUCAUGGUGACUAAACUGGCACAGUGUCAGUAUGCGAUCCCUCUGCUGGUACCCAAUCCCUUUAGCAGGAAAAUUGAAUUUCCUCUCUGGUCAAUGCGUAAAAUCAACAAGAGCUGGAAGUCGACUGAUGCUUCAGGAAAAAUCAUCAGCAAGACUGUGCCUGUUUACAAAGCAGAAACUCCAAUGGUGGCAUUCUUCAGGCUUGGGUCUGUUUCCUCAUCCAAGUCUCAGCUGAUCAACAACCUGAUUAAUGAAAAGCACAACACAUUUUUCCACAGAAACUGUCCAGGCAGCAGCAAAAACCGUCUACCGAUGGAUGGAGUGGUGGAGAUCGCCUGGUACUGUCCAUCUGGGAAAAGCUCUGAUCAUUUCACUGAAUGCGUUGCUUUCUGUAAUCUUCAUGGUGAUUCCAGCAGAGCUGUAACUCAAACAGAGAUACUUACUACCAUGGCCUCUGUAAAUGUUAUACUGUUGCCUAAGUUUGAUGAUGAUAAUGAUAAUAAUAUGAGAAUUGUACAGGAUCUUUACGACUCACUGACACCUCUCAUUGUUCUAACUGAUGAAGAAGAUGAUAAUGAAGAUCCUAUGUGUGAAUUUCAAAAAGGAAAAUACAGCCUGGGAAUAAAAAACAGAAGUGAUCCUAAUGUGUCUGGUCUACUCAGAGAUAUGAUCAAGAACUGUUUCUUACAAACAUCUGUGACCUUCAACCUUAAAAAAAUGACCAACUACUCAAAGCUCAGUGUGGAUGAGAACAAUGAGGCCUGUCGGAGAGGAAAGGAAGCUGCACAAAAUACAAUGCGUGUUCUAUAUGGAAAAGAUCCACUGACAGUAAAAGAGAAAUAUCUGCCCUGCCAGGGAAAACUGUGGCAUGACUGGUGCGAGAAGAGCAAAAGCUUACGGCGACUUCAAAGUACCGACAUAGAAACAGAGCUCAGCAAAAAGCAAACUGAAAUGAAGGAAAUAAGACGGAAACAGCAGGAACAUGGCUUCAGUGGACUCAUGGAGUUAUUUGUUGGAUGUUUAAUAUCACUGUCAGUCAAUGAGAGAAUGUAUUUCCUCAGCUGGACUGGAAUUUGCCUGGAUGAGUUCACUUCAGAGAAACUCUCUACCAUCCGACAAGAAUAUCACCAAAAAUGGACAGAUGUGUUGGCCUUGAAAAAAAAACAUGACAAAGCUGAAGGAGAAGCAAAUCCGGACAAACUGAAGGCUGAACAAUCAAACUUAGAAAAAAUAUCAAAAGAACUGAAUGCUGCCAACUUUGGCUUGGAGCACAUACUGAGAGAGAUGGGUCAGAUUUAUGAAGCCUCAGUCUCAGAAGAAAAGAGCAUGACCAGGAAAGAGCUUGGAAACUGGUCUUACCUGCCUGAACUUGCUGCUAAACUCAUGAUAUCUGGACAACCAAUGGAGCUGAUGGAUGGUGAUACAGAUUAUGUUCCUCUAACCUGGGUUACAGCUGUUUUAGAUGAAGUCACCAAGAUACUGGGAGAUCAGAGAGUUUUUGUGCUGUCAGUUUUGGGAAUUCAGAGCUCUGGGAAAUCUACCAUGCUGAAUGCCAUGUUUGGGCUCCAGUUUGCAGUCAGUGCAGGCAGAUGCACCAGAGGAGCCUUUAUGAAGCUGGUUAGAGUUUCUGAGGACAGGAAGGAAGACCUGAGGUUUGACUACAUAUUGAUGGUUGAUACUGAAGGUCUCCGAUCUUUAGAGAUGUCUGGAAACAUCAUCCAUCAUGACAAUGAACUUUCCACAUUUGUGGUAGGAUUAGGAAAUGUGACUCUGAUUAACAUCUAUGGAGAGAACCCUAAUGAAAUGCAGGAAAUACUUCAAAUUGUUGUUCACGCAUUCCUGAGGAUGAAGCAGGUCAGAUUAAACCCCAGUUGCAUGUUUGUGCAUCAGAAUGUUUCUGAUAUUGCAGCUAGAGAGAAAAUCAUGGAUGGAAGGAGACAUUUGCAGGAAACACUGGAUAAAAUGACUAAACUAGCAGCUAAAGAUGCAGACUACAGUGCAGAAAAUUUCACUGAUGUAAUUGCAUUUGAUGUAGAGAGUGAUGUGAAGUACUUUGCACAGCUCUGGGAGGGUUCUCCACCCAUGGCACCACCAAACCCAUGCUACAGCGCGAAUAUUCAGGAACUAAAGAGAGAUAUCCUUUCCCGUGCAUCAACUACAAAUGGCCUGAAAUUAUCACAGUUUCAAAAACGUGUGAAAGACCUGUGGAAUGCUCUACUGGAUGAAAAUUUUGUGUUUAGUUUUAAGAAUGCACAAGAGAUAUCAGUGUACAGGAAACUGGAGCAGGAGUAUGGGAAAUGGACCUGGAGUCUGAGGAGUGCCAUGAUGACUAUAGAAGACAAAAUGCUUAAUAGAGUAGUCAGUGGAAUCGUAGAAACAGUUCAGAGGCGAGACCUUGCAAGAGAAAUGACAGGAACUCUACAGAAUGUCCAAAAUGCAUUCAACCGAUAUUUUGAAGAAGACAACGAAAAGGAAAUAAUGAUUCAGUGGAAAUGCAAAUUUGAGACACAAAUCCAGCACCUCCAUGAUGAUCUAAUAGAGGAAGCAAAGAGAAAAGUGGAUGACAGCAUUCAGCAGAAAAGCAUUAGACAAAACCUUGAUAAGCAACGUGUGAACCACGAGAAGACACUCUUUGAAAAGAGCAAAGAGCUCGCUUUAAAACUUAAAAGGAAGCAUAACAAGGAAAUACAUGCAAAAGUAGAAUUUGAUUCUAUGUGGGGAAAAUGGGUCUCUGAAUUAGCUGAACAAGCUCCAAAAAUCAAAGAUGUUAACAUCUCAAAGGACAUAACUGAAGUUCUGGGAGAGGUCUACAGACAUGACUUGGUUUCAAAUCGAAAGCGUUCUUCAGAAUAUAAAAUAAUUGAAAGGGUCAGUGAUUACACCAGCUAUGUCCCAACUAACAAGAGCAUAUUGAAAAGAUUAUUUAUAUUUUGGUCUGGAAAUUCUCUUACACCAGAGAUAAACAAAUCAAUACGUGAUCUAAUUAUUAAGGUCACUGAACAAACCAAAAGAAAGGUGGAGUCAUUUCCAUUCUCAGCACAGGGAUUCAGUUCACAUUACAUUCAAUCCAUUGCAGAUGAUGUCAAAACACAGGUGCAUGAAUUUGAAGCACAAUUCAAGAAAAGUCUAAACUUAUUUGAUGAUGCCUCUGUCUUUAACCAAGAUUUCUAUGUAGAUCUCUCACUUUAUGUGUGUGACCAGUCAGCAAAACGCAUCUCAGAGCUGCACAAAAAAUUCAAAGAAGCAAAUGAUCCACUUAUUUACUUUGAAAAGAAAAGGGCUGAGUAUUUCAACAUCUUUCAGAAAUACUGGGAGGGAGCAACAUCAGCAGCUAUACUUGGAGACCAGGUUUGCAGUAAAGUGAAAGAAGCGAUUCUGCAGAGUGUCUACAACAUGAUCACUAAAUUUUUGUGUGGACAGAUGAGAGGGAAGCCACCAUUUAAUAGGAACAGAGCUGAUCUGGAAAAACACAUUCUGAAGUCUUUGGCAGAGCAGGAGGGAAAUAAGGAUGAGAAGUUUGAAAACUACUUAACAUACAUGUACAAUCCUAGGGCUCACUUUGAAGAUUUCAUCAAGGCCAGAGUUAAAGAGUUCAUGGCAGCUGAAAACCCUCAAGCAGUUUCUGCCAUUAAAACAUACAUUGACAACAAACAGAGAAGCAUCAUAAGUGCUGUAAAAAUAGCAACAGAUGAAGUCAAACAUGUCAAUGGUGAUGCAAAUCAGUGGCUGGAAUGUUUUUCCAACAGCCUUGCAGAUGAGUUAGGACAUACUAGAGUUCACUUAUGCAAUGAAGAGUAUAAGGAUUGCGUUGACUAUGAUGUUCUUGUGGAUGUUAUAAAGAAAGAACUCUUGGCUGUUGUUGAAGAGCUAAAAAAAAGCCUCAGUAAGAUUUCUGACUUCACCAUGGAGAAGUUCAGAAAAAGACCUGAUGAGAUUCUAAUCAAACACUUCUGCAUGUGCUGCUGGGAGCAGUGUCCUUUCUGUGGAGCCGUCUGUACCAACAGCCAAAAAGACCAUCCUGGAGAUCACAAUGCUGAUUUCCAUCGCACAGCUGGAAUGAAUGGAAUGUUUUAUAGGAGUACAACAGAACUCUUCAUCGACUUUUGCACAACAGCAGUAGCAAGUAACAAGUUUUUUUAUCCAUCAAGCAAAUCUAGGUUUUGUCACCCUUUUAAACAGUACAGGAAAGCAGGUGGGAAGUAUGAAAAAUGGGGCAUCUCCACUGAUUUGUCUGAGCUGGCUUACUGGAAAUGGUUUGUUUGUGAAUUUCAGAAAAAUCUUGAAAAGCACCAUAAAAAAAUAUUUUGUGGUAAAGGGCAGAUUCCUGCUAAUUGGAAAACUUAUAGCCAGUCAGAUGCUGUUAAAAGUUUAGGAAUAUAUUAAUACAUUUUAAGGCGUUCUGGCACUUUUCUGUGCUUUCUGACAACCCAUGACACAAAACAUCUGUAUCUGAUGGAAGAGCAGCCACAGUCCAGCUUAUCCUAAUGAGAAGGCUUAAGCCACAUCCACAUAUCAAAAUGCUGUCCUCUACAACACAUUCAUGCUCCUCAGCUUCAAGAUCAAUGCGUUCAAGAUCAAAUUCUAGCUUUAUGUACUAGCGUCAUAGCGGCUGCUAAUUCAUUUAACAAGACAUUUAGUCUUUAAUAAGACAACAGUUUUCAAGAUAUUUUUUUGCAUGUAUGUUAUUUGGGAUUAAUGUAUUAAUAUGUGAGUGACUUUAUUUUAUUGCAUAUAGGAAACUUAAGUUUACUGAUUUGUCAAUGAUUCUCAUAACGUUUGUGUGUAAAGUGGAUAUAAAAAGUCUACACACCCCUGGGAUGUAAAAAAUUAAACCAAGGUAAAUCAAAUCAUUUUCAAACUUUAUAUUUAUAUAGAAACCAACAAAAUGCUACUAUUGUUUUUCUUUUUCUUCCUUUCCCUUAAAUGUUUAUAUUUCCUUUUUUUCGUGAAUUUUUCACUUGAAUUUUUUUGGUUGCAUUUUCUUAAAGUUGGACACAAAGACCUUUUCACAAAGACCUGUGACUUUUAACAAGUGCGUGUAAACUUUUUAUAUCCGCUGUAACUGUAUUAUGAAGAGGCUGUUCCAGCAAUUACAUAUUUUGAAAUUAUGCCAGUGAUUAUUUUAACAGAUAUGUUAUCUAAUAGUCAACAACAAAGUAGUAACAAAUUUAUAAACUGAUUACUCUGCUAAUAAAUCUGUCUCCAAAACUUUACUUGUAGCUUCACUAUUUGUUCAGUAGAUGGAGGAGCUGAGACAGUUAAUCUACAUGUCAGUACAUGAAAGGGUUAAAAUGUGAUUUCAACUUUCUGAGUUGCUGCCUUAAAUAUAUAUUUAUGCAUUUCAUUUUUCUUUUCAUUCAUGAUUUGUUAUUAUACUGUAAGUUUAGAUGUAUUACAUUUCUGAUUGCUAUAGAAAACCUUCUGAACCUUCUGAGAAAUAAGAACUGUAAUACUUUGUGUUGGACGUGUAAUACUUUUAAUCAUUUUGCUAUAAUUACCAAUGGUAUUCAUUAUAUAAUGUAGUAGUAGUAAUCCAGUGGUGGUUCGUCCAUAAGGGCAGGUUGUGCUGAACCCCACUGUUUAUAUCAACCAUUUAAGAAAACAUUAAUCUUCAAGUCCUCAUUCACAACUCCAUAUAUUUUAAACUACAUUUAAAUACUAAUGAUCUCUUAUGAAUGACCAACGAGUUUAUAAAUGUUGGUAUUUGACAGAUAUAAGCAGAUGUUCCAUUGAUUUGCUCACCUUUCUAGAUAUUGUGCAAUCAUUGUACAACAUGCUCACUGCCCCAUUUAGAGUUAUUAUUGCAGCUAGUGGACAAAAAUGAGAAAUAUAAUAAGAACUAAUAGAGGUCUACUGGGGCACAAAUCCUGCUGUCACACAGUCAGUUAAAGACAGGGCUGCCAGAUUGGGCUAGUUUAAAAUGCUCUGUGGCCACCAACAUCUUGUUUUACAGCAAAUACAGAACCAUUUCUAUUGUAAGAUAUGGCCAAAAGUAUGCGGACACCUGACCAUCACACCUAUAUGAGCUUGUUGGAGAUCCCAUUCCAAAACCAUGGGCAUUGAUAUGGAGUCAACAAUCCCCGCACCCUGCCCUCAUCACCAAGCAACAGCAACACUUUUGUACUUCCAAAACCCAGAAAAACUGAACAGGAACUGUUUACAAAAAUUAGAGAUUUUGGAUUGAAUGAAAUAAAAGCAGCUUCUCCGCACACCAAUAGCUUUGUCUUCACUUAAUUCACAACUAAAUUCACAAUACUUCACACUCUCUGUUAAUAAUCACUCUCAUUAACACUGAUCUGCACUCAGACCGGAUGCCCUCACACCCGACACAU